AUGAUAGUGAUACUGCUGGACUACAAGAAUGCAGACUGCGAAGUCUUGUCAAGUUUCUCGCGGGGAAACGUUGGGCGAGGCACUUGCUUGAUGCGCUCGGACUUACAGCCUGAGACAAGUCAGUGGCCUCGGGCUGGUUCGAUCCCUGUGGAUAUUCGUCGGGGUUGCAAGGGGGUCCCUAGUGCUGUCGCAUGGGGUUGCAUGAUGGGGAACGUUUUGCGUGCUCAUUCGCGUACUCGUCUCGACCACGCUGAACCCUCUGGAUGAAUAUGCAUCAGAUUACGCGGGGGCUUAUCAUGGUAGUUCGCCAUUACGAUCCUCGCGCGCUUUGAACUGGUCAGAACUGGCGAGACGUUAGGGACAUGGCUACCGCUAUGACUGUGCGCUAUCUCUUCGACCUGGAAACGGUGGAGGCCGUUUGCUUGUUGGUCAUUGACUUCGGAACUACACGCCCUUAGGUGUAUGGGCUUCCUUGAUAACUUUCCGGUGGUGCUUUGUUCUUGAGCUUGACGAGACUGGGCGGAGAGAUUGAACCAACGAACGAGAGAGAGGAGGGAAAGACCACGGACACCGGCCCUGACUAUGGCCGAGGCGUUUGGAAUGGCUGCCGCUGAUGGUUUACCGUUUUCGCCUGGUGAUCUUGGUCAUUCUGGUGGUUUAGUGCUUUGGAUCUUGGUGGAUCUUCAUGGCAUUCCAUUCAUGGCCAACAGAUACAGACGCAGCCUUCAUAAAAGUAGGCGGGUGCCGACGCUCCUUUGCGACUUGCUCAGAAGCGCCUUACGUUUUAUAGCAUAUAACAGAGUAGCCCAUAGGGCUCGUUUGCCAGCUCGCAUAGUAUGGAGUUCAUC